AUGGUCAAAAUUGGGUUGGGUGCAGGGCUGGCUUACGCGCUCUUGCGAUUUUCGCCUAAGCUGCCUUCCUUCGGUCUGAGUUGGUCUAAAGCUGGACGAAGAGAUUUGUCUGCUGCCCUUUCCCGUAAGAUCAAUUCAGCACCUAGUCCACGGUCUCAGAUACGAAAGGCCCAAAUAGCCCCCGCGUACAAUAUACAGGACUUCUCACAAACACGCUUCAAGUCGACGAACACAAAAGGUUGUGGGGUUAAAGCGGUAGACAACGAGGCUGGCGCAAGCACUAAAUCACACUCGCAGCCUCAAGAUGGGCCUGGUACCGAUCACGCAGUGUCAGCAAAGGUUGAAAACGCUGGUCAUACUACCAAAGAUACGGAAACAAAGACUCAUCCCACUGUCAUCGGCCGGUCGAAGGCAAGACGGAGCUCCGCGGGAUUGCACGCGGAGGGACCGUAUGUGGCAGAUGAGGCGACUCUGAAGACGCCCCUGCGGAAACGACCCAAAGACGCGUCCGACACAAAGCAAGCCAAGAAAAGGAGGCAGUUGCCACAAGAUCCCCGUGCGGAGAUGGACUCGCCCCUGACAGCCGGCAAUAACUAUCUGGUGCAUGCGUACUGCACUGCUGACCUCUUCGAUAUGGAAAGGCUAGUGCCAUUGCUAUCUCGUAGGUAUGAAGUGAAGGCUGUUCAUCCCGAAAUCAAUACGCGAGAAGUGGUGGUUGUGAAGAUGCCGAUCUCGGCAGAAACUGAGACAUUGGUAUAG